GGGAGUGGAGAGAAGUUUCCUCGAGCGGGAAAAUGGAAACAGCCUGCGUCGAGUGUUUGUUAUGUUGAUAUUUACAAACAGCGGAUGCAUUUAAUGCAGUGAUGUGUUUUUGUGUAGUCUUUCAAUUGACCAACACUUCGAAGUAAUGCUGCUGCAUGUUGGCGGUUUCAAAAAGCAGGUUUAGCCGAGUUUAGGGCUGUAACCGUUAGAACCAAAAUCUCCAUUAUGAAACACGACUCUUUCUCCAGGUUUAAGGACCGAGACCCCAAACUGGAAGGAAAUAACUGUGCAUCAUCUAAAAGCAAAAUUAAAGCAACAUGUGAUCUUCAGAACAAGCCCUUUAAAGGCAGAAUAUUUUACUUGGAUCUGCCUUGGAAUAUGAAAACGCAGCUGCUGGAAAAUGACAUCAAGACACUUGGUGGUACAGUGGAAAAGUUCUUCAGUAAGGAGAUCAAGUAUCUUGUGUCCUGUAAGCCGGAGGCUCGUUAUGCCCAACGUCUCCUGCCGGACUCUCCAGCACCAAGUCCAGAUUCAGGGGUCAGCUCUCCUCAUCCCAGCAGCAGGAGGGAAAGCCACGGCCACAGGGGCAGCUCACAGGGAGUCACAGAUACGGCAGCUGUAAGUCGAGGCAAAUCGCUUGUGGAAAGAGUUAAAGAACAAGAGCGUUUUCAGAUGAAUGGGAUCCUGGCCAAUGCUGUAGAAUGGGGGGUCAAAGUCCUGCAUGUUGAUGAUGUUAUUUCAUAUGUUGACAAGAAGAAAGCUAAAGUCUUGAAUGCAAGUCCAGCAGCAAAAGAAGCUGUCAGCAUUCAGCACACAGAAAAAAACUCAUAUCACAGACACAAUGCUGGGCGAAUUCGUCGACCAUUUGUGAAAGUGGAAGACUCCAGCAGGCAUUACCGUCCCAUUUAUCUUCCCGUGUCCAACAUGCCUGUGUGCAACCUUCGGUCACAUCCACCCUGCAGUCCGUUCUUGAUGGAGGAACAGGGAAAGGAUGACCCAAAGAAGAAACAAAAAGAACAAAGGUCUGGUGGGGAAAGAGUGGUGAGAGGAAAGAAAGAGAGACGCAGAGGUCAUGAAGGCAGAGAAAAGAGGAAAGGAGGGUACUGUGAGUGCUGUGAGGUCAAGUUUGAAAACUUAAAGGCGCAUCUGGAUAGUGAGCAGCAUCAGGCUUUUUCGAAGAGUAAUGUGUAUGGAGUCGUGGAUCGAGUCACUGCAGGACUGACCUGUGACCUUGUGAACAUUAGCACACCCUGCAGAAGGGUGAAAUGCAGUACAUCAACUCCUAUUGUGCAUGCUGGAGGCAAGCUGUCAGUAAUGAAAGAUGAAGGAUCUGUGAAUGCUGAUUGGAAACAGGAAAGCGAGGUGUCUUUGCUUUUUGGCUCUACACCAAAGCAGCCUCUUACGGAACGGACCAUAGAAAAACCUCUGCUGGUUCGUAAACGUAGCAGGGGCCUGAGUGAUUUCCCUUGGAGCAACAGGGACAGCUUGUGUGACCAAUCAGAUGUUCCAGAAAAGUCCCAAUCCAAACGAGGAUCCUUUGAAUGGGAAUUGCACUCCCAAUCUGCUUUACAUAAGUCUGAGGGUGCAUCUUUUCUCAGCAGAGAACAGAACUGUGGAUCUUAUGCACUUGAAUGCAGGACAGAGCAACAAAACAGGUCAAAUCUUGACAUGCACCCAGCUCAGCAGUUUAGUGAAAGAAACUAUGAAUCAGUAACCAGAACCGAAUGCUUUAGGACUAACUGCAGUGAUAUAAUUGAUACACAAAGUAUGCCUGAAAAUCAAGUUAAAAAUUCAGCUCUUUGGACCAGCACAGAACCCAAACCGGACGUCGACAGUCUCUCUAUUUCCCUGCAAAGAAAAGUUCGUAGCGUCAGACCCAGAAGAAAAAAGCAAUCAUCAGCCUUGCACAUUGAAUCCAGUUACAGACAAGAAUCAUUGAGGUCUUUUUCACAUGAUCUGUCUGUGCAGAAGAGUGAAAACCCACCAACUUCUCUGCUGGAUUUAUGCAAGCUCUUUCAGUCCAGUGACAGUUUGGAUGAAGAAUUUUUGGGGUUUUCAGAUUAAAACAGAGUAGAAAAAUUGAAGAAUGGAGAACACACAUAUAUAUGUGUUAUAAAAUGACUUACUUUGCCAAAUAAUAUAUUAAUAGAUCUGAUCUUUUUUUUUCACCAGUAAGAUGAAACCGAAUUUUCUCCAUAGAGGCCUUCAAAGACAUUUGAUUAUAGAUAUGAAAUACUUUGUGAAUAUAAGUGUGUAUUUAAGUAUAUACAUAAGGAUAAAAGAAGUGGAGACACGCAGUGAGUAUGUACAUUGGUUGUAUAUGUAAUUGAAAAAUAUAACAGCUUUUAUAUAUG